GCCAAUCGAAUUCGGUAGUCUACCAAUUGGAUUACGUUACGCAUUUAUUUGUCAUGGGGAGCGAUCCCCAAAAUCAAGCCAUUCCCAUUCCCAUGGCGAUUCUCUUCAUCUUUCUUCUUCAAUUCAGCCUAUCUGUUGCAUCAAUUUCCUUGGAUGAGGCUUCCGAUGCGGUAAUUUUACAGAACCAGGGUGGACGAAAGCAGAGAGAAUUUGAUUACUUCGUUUUGGCGCUGCAAUGGCCUGGUACUAUCUGCAAGGGCACUCGCCACUGUUGUUCCUCCAAUGCAUGCUGUAAUAGAUCUGGUGGUUUUGCUGAGUUUACAAUUCAUGGUUUGUGGCCUGAUUAUAAUGAUGGAACUUGGCCUUCAUGUUGCACUGGAAAAGAAUUUGAUGAGAAGGAGAUUCAUACCUUACUUGAACCCAUGAAGAAAUAUUGGUCAUCUUUGAGUUGUAGUUCACCGAAAACUUGCCAUGGUGCAAAGGGAUCAUUUUGGGCUCAUGAGUGGGAGAAGCAUGGAACUUGUUCUUCUCCAGUAGCUCGUGAUGAAUAUGGUUACUUUUUAACUACUCUCAACGUCUAUUUCAAAUACAAUGUCACAAAAGUUCUGAAUGACGCUGGAUAUGUACCUUCAAAUUCUGAGAAAUAUCCUCUGGGAGGAAUCAUUUCAGCAGUUGAGAAUGCUUUUCAUGCCACCCCUUUGUUGGUCUGCUCAAAGGGUGCAGUGGAGGAACUUCGCUUAUGUUUCUACAAGGAUUUCAAGCCUCGCGACUGUGUUCCGACCGACUCACAGAAUUCAAUCGUUUCUUCGAAAAUCUCAUGUCCCAAAUAUGUCAGCUUACCCUCAUAUGAGCCAGGAGGCAAGAUUUUCGAGUUCACUGAUUCCAAUUGGCAAUAUCCAAAUGCUUAAUUUUCAGUCUUUUGAAAACAUAAUGCAUACUAUAAUAUCUCUGUUGAGAUAUAUAUGAAUCUGUAAUGCAUUAUGUUUCUUAUAGUUUGCCUUGUAGAAGUCAACAAUUGGAUUGGAAGUUUGCAGACAAUGUAAUUUUAAUAUUGAUCUUGGUUUCUAAUAUCAAAUUGAAAAAUGUUACCCUUAUUUCUUCGUAAGGACGAGGGUUGAGAUUCUAGAAUGAA